CGCAUACAUAUAUAUAAAUUACAGCAAAAUCCAUCCUUCCCUCAAAGACCGAGAUUUUGGCGGGGUUCCCUCAAACCUGUUCCCACCACCUUCCCACCUUCUCCUUUCAGCGGGAUUAUAUUAUGGAGCACAACUGGUUUACCCCGCAUGACUCAGCCGGCGUUGAAGCUGGUAUUUUAUUCGACUGAGUUAAGACGAGAUCGACCUACUUAUCAGCGACACGUAACAUGUGUCAGCUAUGAGACUUUUGGUGUUUUUUUUUAAAAAAAUAUAUUGAUAUCGCAAUUGAUACGUAGGUAGGUUAAUCUCAGUCGCUGUGUUUGCUACUGGUGAAAUACGUAUCCACCUACACCACUCCGUCGGUUGGUUAAUAAGAGCACAGCUCUCUCCGUGGACGAGGACCAAGUUUGCCGGCAUUGGGCUAUAGUCGACGAACUAAUACAUAUAAUACAUCACGUCAGAAUUGACUACAGGAUAUUCAUUAGCUAUGUCCAGUUCACUACCGCCACAGAAGCUUCGUCUCUUCCCUUCCCCGAGACUGACAACGCCCGUAUCAACACCGCUGUCGAUUCUCGAUGCCACAGUCGCUCGGUUUUCAUCAACUGGUGCAGUUUGGCUUUUUUCCGGCCCAAGUCCGUCACACGCCAACCUUCAAUCGUCAUUCGUAGCCACACUGAACGACUUUCCACAAUGGGCAGGCCAGCUGCAAUGGUCCCGAGUCCGCGAUGGCGGCUUUCACACGGAGCGUUUUGGGAGGCCAAUGGUAGUCUACGGGUGCGAUUCUGAUCCCGGGGUUGAGUGGGUGGUCUCAAAGACGGAGAGGACCCUUGACUCCAUCGUCCCUAGUGUGCAUGAGCGUGUUGCGGGGAAUGCGACCUGGAUGGCCACAGAUUUUCCCCAGAAUAUCUUCUUGUCUGACUCGAACUUGGCGCUUCAUAACCUGGUUGAGUAUGCCAGCCUGCCGGGGAUGUCCGUGCAAGUCACAGAAUUUUCCUGUGGCGGUUAUGCUAUUGCCGUCAAGAUGGCCCACUCACUUGCCGAUGCACAGUCCCUGAUGGUGUUCAUACACCAGUGGGCGGCAGCAUGCCACGGAGUCGCAAAAUCUCCUAUGGAUCCACCCAUAUUCAACCCUGGGCAGCUCGAUUCUCAUGCGGCUGGUGACAUUGACGGAGAUGUGGCAGACACAUCCUCAGUUGAAAGUGCACGUCUCCUGCCACUCCAUCGGUUUGACUGGUGGAAUGACGCCAAAGACCCCGCGUUUCCCUCGUUCCUCGCUCCCACGAGCGAGAAUUCAAAGCCGCCUCCCCCACUGGGGGAUUCGAAGUCGCUUCUUUCUUUCUCUCCAUCAACUCCUGCUCCAUGGAGCACCUGGGAUUUUUCGCGCCCUGUGUCGCAAGCGCUCCUACACUUCACCGAAGAACAACUGAGUAUCCUACGCGCAAGCACCCGCGAGUUACCAGAUUGCCGCCCUGACAUUUCACGCCUCGACGCUCUCCUCGCCCACAUAUGGUCUGCCAUCAACCGUGCACGCGGCUACAGUGACUCCGCUGACGACGUCUUCCUCAACGUGACCUUAAGCGCGCGAGCGCGUGUGCAGCCUCCUCUCUCGGAUUCAUUCAUUGGGUCCCCCAUCUUCCUCACGCACAUUCGAUCAAGUGGCAGUGAAGCCAGUGCCGCGAGUUUAGGGUCCACGGCGAGUGCGAUUCGUGAGACGCUCGCAAUUUUUACGCCGGAGAAAAUCGGCGCGAUGCUGCACGACGCUGCAUUUGAGAGGUCGCCACAGCGGCUGUGGCAGGCAUUCCUAGGUGAUCGUCAUACGCUUGUGACAUCGUGGCUGAGGCUAAACGUCUAUGAGGUUGACUUUGGUGGUGGUAUUCCGAGGUAUGUGCAUGCUGUGAUGCCAAAAAUGGAUGGGUGUGUACAGGUUAUGGACUCGAGUCGGGAAAUUGGGGGAGUAGAUGUUAGCCUCUAUUUAGACAGCAUAGCGAUGGCCAAGCUAAUUCAAGAGCGGUAAAUUCCUCAAGAUUCUAUACCU